AAACAUCAAUCCAGACAUGGAGAAAAUUUAUGAAUCCUUGAAGUAUCUGAGCGACAUGGAACUGGAAAAUUUCAAGAAGAUUCUCCAGAAGGCCUUGUGGAGCAAAGGCUUCAGAUUAGUCCUAAGAAAUCAAGAUGAGACGUUGGAGAGACUGAAAUUAGCAGAGGUGAUGGAGCAAUUGUUCGACAGACAAAGUUUGCAGGUGACCAUGGAUAUUUUAGAGGAGAUGAAGAGGCCUGACCUCCAGAAGAAGUUGUUCGACAGCAGCUCUGCAUCUGAAAGACAGCCUUUCGAACAUCCAGAAAGAGGUGAACAUGUUGAGCAGAAAGACUCCAGCGAAUGGACAAGAGUUGAACCUACAAUCACAGAUGUGGACGAGGCUCCAAUUUACAGCUUCCAGUCUGCAGCGGGACAGUUUGAAUGCAAUGUGUCUGGUCUGCGUUGGGUCUGCGAGGACAAACUUUGCUUUAAGUACCAGUUCUGCUCUUGGGAGGGACACAUGGAGAGGAUGAAAACCAUUGGGUACAGGUCUGCAGGUCCCUUAAUCAACAUCACCGUCAUUACUGGGAAGAUAAAAGAAGUGUACCUGCCACACUGGAUCUGCAUUGAUGACAUCCCUAACUUAUUAGAGAGUUUUUCAGUCCUACACAUAAAUGACAGCGGAGAUGUGUUGGAGAAAGUUUCUGAGGUCACGGCGACACAUGUCAGGUUAACAGAUCCGGUUUUCUCUCCACUGGCGGCCGUGAUAAGCUCCAUCUUUCGUGUGAAGGUUACCUGCAACGUGUUGAUUUACUAUCAGCCCCACAUGCCGUUCCUCAAACUUCACGUCUACCUGAUCCUGCAUGAUCCUGCCCUUCAACAGUCGGUGCAUAAGGAAGAAUCAUCGAUUGGCUACGAAAUGAUCAAAAAGCCGCGACCGGAUAAGUACCUGAGGAUGCAGCAGGGCUUCACUCUCAAAGCUGCUAUAGAAACAGCUAAAGUCCAACCAAAGAAGUUAACCCUCAGGUAUGACAGCCAAGACCCAAACUUCUACGAGGUGUUCAUUGAGAACCCAACCAGGGACUUUGACCUCACGCUUCUGUGUGCUGACUCAAAAAAGAAAGAAGCAAAGCUUCACCCAGUUUGGACGUGUGAAAUCCGAAGAGAUGACCACCCCAAAUCUGGUCUUGUUGAAGCUGCAGCGUCAUCCGGUGGAGCGACGUGUCUCAGUUCCCCCAACAGUAAGAUCUUUCAAACUCCCAAAACCAGAAUCCUUCCUGAGUUACGGGGGGAGAUUGACCCAUAAUGGGGUUUUUUUAUGGCCAAUGCCGAUACCGCU